CCGCCUUGAAUAAAUGUAUAUAUUCGAUCCAUAACAAACUACAGUUUAAACUUGUUCAUUCAUAUCUACAGUUUUUGUUGCGCUUGUUGUAUAGGCAGCACCUGAAAAAACAACGUGCGUCACGUUCGUGAGUUUCACACAAAUUAAGCAUACGUCUACCACAGCGUGUAGUGUGAUUUAUAAACAAGGCUACAGAGCGUACGUUUCCGGCGUUGUACUCAGCAAAAAGUGCAUGAACCUUUGACUGACUACCCAUUCCGACUAACCGUUGUACUAUACAGCACUGUAACUCAUUUGCAAAACCAGCGUCAAGUACAUAUAUAGUAUAGUGUAUACAAUACCUCUGAAUCUAAGAUAUGAAAGUCUGGAUAAUUUUACUGAUUCUACAUCCAUGGUUAUCAGAAACAUGUUCCAUUACGACACAGACUGAUUCUGUUGCCGUGGCGUAUUACGAAACCGACACAUCUUUUAAGAUUGAGUAUUCGCCUAUUUGGUUCGUCAAACCAUACAAAAUCCAAGCAACUUUUGUCACUUCAUGGAAUACGAACAUCCCCUGCACAAUCCAGGAUAUUUUAAACGGCGAGUUCACUGUUUCAGUUGUGGAUAGUGGAACGCACACUGAAUAUAAAAAUGCUAAGAUACGUUGGACUGCAUACUUUGCUAAUGGUGAAAUUCCACGAUCGUGCGCGGACAUGGAUUCCAAAAUAUCAGCUCUUUACCUUAUUGAUCCUUUACCUGAAAACAGAGAUAGCUUCCCGUUUUACGCAAAGUGUGAUUUUACAUUUAAGCCUAUAGUCACGAUAAUAGACCCCAACUCGACUUACGAAGUAGAAGCACUUAAAGACUGCGAGGGUCCGGGAUGUUACAAGUAUGAUGUCCAGUAUGUUCCCACUGCAUUGCAACUACAGGCGCUGUCUAAUCACUCACAACAUUGCCGUCAGUAUAUAUCGGUUCGAUGCCAGGGUUCACAGUUUACAUCAGCAGAUGGUAAAGUCUUUGCAUGGUGGUUGUCUGGUUCAGGAGAGAAGAAAUAUUAUUGGGGUGACGCUACUUCUAUGAGAAAGGGCUACUGUGUCUGUGGAGAGACAAAUACGUGUGCCAAAAAAGAGCGUACAUGCAACUGUGACAGUAAUAUGAUCACGGAUCAUAUAGAUGAAGGUUGGAUAACAGAAAAGUCGGAUCUGCCAAUCACUGCUUUACAGUUUGGUGACUUGCAAGAAGACAAUGAACGGCUGUGGCACACCGUGGGUCCUCUGGAGUGUUCCGGCACAUCUCCAUCAGUGUAAACCUUACUGUAGGUCAAAAACAAAGGGCAUAGUUUGCACAAUUUACAGUAAUUCUAAAGCUAUAUAUAGUAGGGGAAAAUGGGACACCUUUUCAUUCUAUUUUCUCCUUGUAUAUUAAUCACUACUGUAUCAUACGCUGACCCGGCACCUGUUUUCACUUUUCUUCGUGAAUGUUUACUAUCCUGUAUGGUCAAAUAUUGUAUG